AGUGGAAGUAAGCUACAGGCUGCGCUCGCGUGUCCAGUCCGCAAUGUCGGCGGACCAGGAACCUUUAGAGUUCCUUGCCAAGCAGCCCUGGCGUCCCAAAGAGGUGACAGAAGAUCCAGACGAAGAAGACGAGGAGGCAGAGCAUGGCUUCUCUCUGGAGGAGGUGUUACGCCUCGGAGGCACAAAGCAAGAUUACCUUAUGCUGGCUUCUUUAGACGAAAAUGAGGAAGUGGUGGAUGGAGGCAAAAAGGGAACCAUUGACGACCUUCAACAAGGUGAAUUGGAGGCAUUUAUUCAGAAUCUGAAUUUGGCCAAAUACUCAAAGUCUUUGAUUGAAGAGGAUGAACCAGAUAAAAAAGAAAGUGCCAGCAAAAAGGAAGCAAAACUUCUGAAGGUAGAGAAUAAAAAACAAAAAGCAACAGAAGGAAAAAAGACAUCAGAAAAGAAGGUGAAAAAUAAGACUGUACCAGAGCAGCGUCCUGAGAGCAGCACCGUCUCCAAAGCAAAGAAAGAUAAACAACCUGAUGUGUUUGAGUUUCUAGAGAGACAAACACUGUUACUCAAGCCUGGAGGCAAGUGGUACGACCUGGAGUACAGCAGUGAGCAUUCCUUGGAACCCCAGCCUCCAGAUGUUGUGUCCAAGUACAAAGCCCUGGCCCAGAAGCUGUAUGAGCAGGAAGUCGCCUUAUUCAAGAAUAAAACAAAUAAUCAAAAGGGAGGCUCUUCCACCUGGAUGAAGGCAAUCGUGUCAUCGGGAACACUGGCGGACAGGAUGGCAGCCAUGAUCCUUCUGAUCCAGGAUGAUGCUGUUCACACACUCCAGUUUGUAGAAACCCUCAUGAACCUUGUUAAAAAGAAGGGCAGCAAGCAGCAGUGCCUCAUGGCUUUGGAUACGUUCAAGGAGUUGCUCAUUACAGACCUUCUGCCAGACAGUCGGAAGCUCCGGGUUUUCAGCCAGCAUCCUUUUCACAAGCUGGAAGAGUUGUCCAGUGGCAACAGGGACUCAAGAGAUAGAAGACUGAUCCUGUGGUAUUAUGAACACCAACUGAAACACUUGGUAGCAGAAUUUGUUCAGGUCCUAGAGACUUUAAGUCAUGAUUCCUUGGUAGCCACUAAAACGCGAGCUCUGGUGGCUGCUCAUGAGCUCCUCUGUGACAAGCCUGAGGAGGAAAAGGCUCUUCUUGUUCAGGUGAUAAAUAAGCUGGGAGAUCCUCAGAACAGAGUUGCCACCAAAGCCUCCCAUCUGUUAGAGGUGUUACUUCGGAAGCAUCCCAACAUGAAAGGAGUCGUGUGUGGAGAAGUGGAAAGGCUACUCUUUCGCUCAAAUAUCAGUCCCAAAGCUCAGUAUUAUGCAAUUUGCUUUUUAAACCAAAUGGUCCUCUCCCAUGAAGAAAGUGAGUUGGCUAACAAAUUAAUAACUCUUUAUUUUUGUUUCUUUCGGACUUGUAUCAAGAAAAAAGACAUUGAAUCAAAAAUGCUCAGUGCCAUUUUAACAGGCGUGAACAGAGCAUACCCUUAUUCCCAGAUAGGCGACGACAAAGUGAGGGAGCAGGUGGACACUUUGUUCAAAGUGCUGCAUGUUGUAAAUUUUAAUACUAGUGUGCAGGCUUUAAUGCUACUUUUCCAAGUAAUGAAUUCUCAACAGACAAUAUCUGACCGCUAUUACACAGCUCUGUACAGAAAGAUGUUGGAUCCAGGCUUGAUGACAUGUUCCAAGCAAGCAAUGUUUCUCAACCUGAUCUACAAGUCUUUGAAAGCUGACAUCAUGUUGCGCCGGGUGAAGGCUUUUGUGAAGAGGUUGCUUCAGGUUACCUGCACACAGAUGCCGCCAUUCAUUUGUGGAGCGUUGUAUCUUGUGUCUGAGAUCCUUAAAGCAAAACCAGAUUUAAGAAGCCAACUAGAUGACCAUCCGGAAUCUGAUGAAGAAAACUUCAUUGACGUGGGGGAUGACAGCGACGAUGAAAAGUUUACUGAUGCAGACAAAGAAACAGCAACAGAUGCAGUGAAGGAAGUGGAGGCGAAGGAGACGGAGCCUGGGGGCAGUGCAGAAACCGAGAAACCAAAGGCCGCUUCCUGGGUGCACUUUGACAACCUGAAAGGUGGCAAGCAAAAAAAGACGUAUGAUCCAUUCAGUAGAAACCCUUUAUUCUGCGGAGCUGAAAAUACAAAUCUUUGGGAGCUCAGAAAGCUAUCUGAACAUUUCCACCCUUCUGUGGCCCUUUUUGCAAAGACUAUCCUUGAGGGAAAUUUUAUUCAGUAUUCAGGGGACCCACUGCAGGAUUUCACACUCAUGAGAUUCUUGGAUCGAUUUGUAUACCGAAAUCCAAAGCUACAUAAAGGCAAAGAGAACACCGACAGUGUUGUGAUGCAGCCCAAAAGGAAACACUUCAUGCACAAUGUCCGGGACCUUGCUGUGAAUAGUAAAGAGUUCCUUGCAAAAGAAGAAAGCCAGAUCCCAGUGGACGAAGUGUUUUUCUACAGGUAUUACAAAAAAGUUGCUGUUGUUAAAGAAAAACAGAAACGCAAUGCAGAUGAAGAAAGUAUAGAAGAUGUGGAUGACGAAGAGUUUGAAAAUAUGAUUGACACAUUUGAAGAUGACAACUGCUUCACGCCUGGAAAGGAUGAUAUUGAUUUUGCCAGCAAUAUGAAGAAAACAAAAGAAGCUAAGGACAGCUUGGGAGACUCGGAGAGUAGUGACGACGAGCUUGGUGACCUGGAUGACGACGAAGUUUCUCUGGGAAGUAUGAACGAUGAAGACUUUGAAAUUGAUGAAGAUGGAGGGACAUUCAUGGAUGUAUCAGAUGAUGAAAUUGAAGAUGUUCCAGAAUUUGCUGAAGCCAGCCCCAAAGCCAGUACUAAGAAAAGCAAGAGGAAGAGUGAAAAUGAUUUUGACUUUGCUGGGUCGUUUCAAGGGCAAAAGAAAAAGAAGAAAAGUUUCAAUGACUCCAGCCUAUUUGUCUCUGCUGAGGAGUUUGGCCAUCUGUUGGAUGAAAAUAUGGGCUCCAAGUUUGACACUAUCGGCAUGAACGCCAUGGCUAACAAAGAUAAUGCAAGUUUCAAACAGCUCAAGUGGGAAGCAGAGCGAGAUGACUGGCUGCACAACAGAGAUGUGAAGAGUAUCAUCAAGAAGAAGAAACAGUUCAGGAAGAAGAUGAAAGCCACGCAGAAACCCAAAAGGCAAAGGAAGUGACAGCUUCAAAGGGAUAAUAAACUAGGAUUAUACUUACCCUUAACUUUUGCUUUCCAACCAUUUCUGCUGAUCUUUCUCUCUAAUGCCAUGCAUUCCAGACUGUUCCAUGGAUUUGUAAUAAACUGUGGAAACACGGUGCCGUCAUGUAUGAAAUUAUGCAAAAGUUAAACUUUCAGUGAAAAAGUUCUUCAUGUUGCUACAUAACAAUGAAAGGGACAGCAGGGCUGUCCAUGCGUGAGCUGUGACCACUAUCCUAACCACUGUGAUGAGCCGCUUGUCAGGGUGCCGGGUGCCAUGCUUAGGCUAAGUACAUGAUGUCACUGUGGUCAACUCUUAACUGUCAAGGAAGGCAUUGGCCCUUCCCCAGAGAAAGCAGCAUCUGAGAACAUAGUACACCUGAGGAAAACAGUCUUUUAUAGCAGUAACUGUGAUUUGGGCCAUCCUCACCUUAGGUCACACUCUGGAAUCUAUGUUCUUAACCACUGAAAGAAUUAAAGCUCCAGCUUGCAGGGUGGAUAGAACUCAGUGAUAGAACUUUUGCCCAGUGUUUAUAUGCCUAAAGGUUGUUCAAUAAAAAAGGUAAUAAGAAUUAAAACAAGA